CCAGGCGCUUAUUGUCCGGAGAAAGUUCGUCUUGACAACACCCCAUCAUACACAAUGGCUGGGAAACAUGAUCCCAAAGUGAAUAACGACACACCCGCCCCUGGAGAUUAUACACCAGAAGCAGUGAAGCUUGGCCACUCACCUGCAUUUAGUAUUGUCGGGCGGAGAAAUGUCCAACAGAUUAGUGAUACACCAGCUCCGGGCGAAUACUAUUCUGAAAAGGUCCGACUAGAUCAUACUCCAGCAUUUACUAUAUGCGGCCGAAAAUACCUUAAACACGCAGAAAACACACCAUCUCCAUGUGAUUACAAACCCGAAGAAUGCAAACUUGACCAGUCCCCAGCUUAUACCUUUGGCAUAAAAACAAAUCUUCAUGUUAGAAAUGAAUCGCCGGCUCCAGGGCAAUAUGAAUUCGAGAAAGUUAAUAUGGAUCGAGGUCCCGCGUACACUUUUGGUUUAAAAGUAACUCACGAGCAAGUCAGUGAAACCCCAGCACCCACUGCUUAUGAACCAGAAAAACACACUCUCGAUCACGCACCUUCCUUUAGUUUUGGCUUAAAGCCCAAGAGCAAGUUGACCACCGAGGCACCAGCUCUGCCAAAGGGUGCUUAUGUAGAAGAUCGCAUUUUGCAAAGACGAGAACGGCGUUUAGCCAGUCCUGUACGCACCAAUCAAAACCAGAAUUUACUGAACGGCGAGGUGGUAAACUCCACCGAUAAUUCAUCUAAUCAUGUUGAGCGCACAUCCAAUACAAUUACCAGCACAAAAAUCAGAACAGUUGGUGAGCAAGAAGUGCUCGAAAACGGGUAUAAAACGGACAAAGCCUCUCGGCCGCAGCACUCCGACGCCAGCAGCACCAGAACAACAGUUGCACAGCACAUUGCCAGGGGCGCACUAAGCAACGGCACUGACCUUAAAGCGAAUGCUAAAGCCAAAGGCACCACAACCACUAGCACUAUAACAUACACGGUUUCCGACGCUGGAUUAGAUAACGGUAGAGAAAUUCACACCGCCCAAGCCAGAUCUGAUGCCAGAACGGCCAAAUCCGGCGGCUCUAUCACCAAGACGGUGGUACAGUCGGACGGCUCAGCCGUUACAACGACCACAACCUCAAAAACUUCGUCCGUCAAAUAUGUUGUUGAGGCUAACGCCACACAUGAAAAGAUCAUAAGCUCCUAAUGUCUAUAAAAUACCCACCGUCUUGGGUAUCAGUAAGGAAGGCCCGAUACGUUCAGCACCGGCCUUCACAAUGGCCGGUAGACAA